UUUGAAGGUGAACGUCGUAUUGUCUUGUAAAUUCGUGACAAUGAAAGCUGGUCAGAUUGUCGAAGAACUAAAGUUCUUCAACACUAAGAACGAAGUUGUUCUACCGUCCACCGAUAUCAGCGACUGGUUCAACACAAAUGUGAAGGAAAAGUUACUAGCCAAGGUUGAAGACUUUCAAGAAAGGGAAUCUGGUUGGUCAUUGGUAGAAAUUAUAAACUUGGCGGUAAACAUCAACAGAUACAUUCCGAUACACGGUGGCCUAUCUACUUUCAUCGAAUUACCGAAGGAGGUGCAAAGUAAGAAAGCAGUCGUAAACAUUAGAAACAACGAUCCGUACUGUUUUCUCUGGUCGGUUACGGCAGCCCUUCAUCCAGCAAAACUUCAUGUAGACAGGAUCAGUUCGUACCCCCACUUCAGCUCAGUGCUAAGGUAUGAAGGUUUAAAUUUUCCGAUUGGCUUAAAGGACAUUUCGAAAUUCGAGAAGAUGAAUGAUUUGGUAAUUAACGUUUACGGUAUAAAGUAUGAUAGUGGUCAUGAAAUAGUACCAAUUUAUCUAAGUCAGCAAAAGUCAAACAAGGAAGCGAUUCAUUUACUCAUGUUAGAAACAAAAAUUUAUUCGAAUGGAGAUGACAUGGACAUGGAAGACGGUAGUGUUUAUCAUUUUGCUUGGAUUCGAAAUCUAUCCCGUUUACUGA